GAAGAUGAGCAACAGGCUCCCGCUGAGUGAGGCGCAGCGGUCCGAGUCAACGAUUUACACUUUCACCCCACUAUUUUUGAGGAUUCUUUAUGAUUAACUUAAUUUUUUCGUUGCUCUGUGGGUAGACAGUGAGCGGUAGUUGUUGAAACGUUAUUUUCGUGGAUUUGCCGAGUUCGUUCGAGGCAGUGGCAUGGAUGAAGCACGGCCUACCAGUGGUGCUGCAGCCCACGGGCUGGUGCCGCUGUUUCCCCCCGGACUGCAGGCUAUCUAUGGGGAAUGUCGACGACUUUACCCCGAGCAGGCCAACCCGCUGCAAGUUACAGCCAUAGUAAAAUACUGGCUCGGGGGACCAGAUCCACUAGACUACAUCAGUAUGUAUAGGAAUAUGGGCUGUGCUGCCCAAGAUGUCCAAGAACACUGGCACUAUGUAAGCUUUGGACUGAGCGACUUGUAUGGGGAUAAUCGUGUACAUGAGUUUACAGGAGCAGAUGGGCCAAGUGGUUUUGGUUUUGAGCUCACCUUCAGACUUAAAAGAGAGGUGGGAGAAACAGCACCUCCCACAUGGCCUGCUGAACUAAUGCAGGGCUUGGCUCGCUAUGUUUUCCAGUCAGAAAACACAUUUUGUAGUGGCGAUCAUGUGUCGUGGCACAGCCCUCUAGACAACAGCGAAUCUCGAAUUCAGCACAUGUUGCUCACAGAAGAUCCACAGAUGCAUCCAAUUCAAACUCCAUUUGGCUCUGUGAGCUUUCUCCAGAUUGUGGGUGUGUGUACAGAGGAGCUGCAAGCGGCCCAGCAGUGGAACGGCCAGGGCAUCCUGGAGCUGAUGCGUGGAAUCCGAGUAGCUGGUGGCCCUUGGCUAAUCACCGACAUGAGGAGAGGAGAGACUAUCUUUGAUAUUGAUCCGCACCUACAACAGGAGAGAGUGGACCAGGGUAUUGAGACUGAGGGCUCUAACCUGAGCGGGGUCAGUGCCAAGUGUGUGUGGGACGAUCUGAGUCGACCGCCAGAGGAUGAGGAGGACAGCCGAUCCAUCUGCAUUGGAUCGCAGCCACGCAGGCUCUCAGACAAAGACACGGAACAGAUCAGGGAGACCCUGAGAAAAGGACUGGAGUUCAACAGCAAGCCAGCACUGCCACCUAUCACCAGCCAGAAACAGGGCCACGAAAGACCUCAGAGUCGGAAGGACAGUUUGGAGAGUGACAGUUCAGCGGCCAUUGUUCCUCAUGAGCUGGUCCGAACACGACAGCUGGAGAGCGUCCAUCUGAAAUUCAACCAAGAGUCGGGCACCCUCUUGCCCCUCUGCCUGCGGGGCCGUUUGCUUCAUGGAAGACACUUUACCUACAAAAGUAUCCAUGGUGACACAGCUAUUACGUUUGUGUCGACUGGAGUCGAAGGAGCAUUUGCUACUGAAGAGCAUCCUUAUGCAGCUCAUGGCCCCUGGCUUCAGAUAUUGUUGACUGAAGAGUUUGUGGAGCAGAUGCUUGGGGAUAUACAGGAACUAAACACUCGUGAGGAGACAAAGUUACCAAAGGAGUACAGCUGGCCAGAAAAGAAGUUGAAGAUCUCCGUACUACCAGACGCUGUGUUUGAUAAUCCACUGCAGUGAGGGGGAGAAAAAAAAAACACACACAACUGAACUUUUAAGACCAUGGCAGCAGAAACACCUGCAGACAUUCACCUCCUGAGUGGACCAUCACGGAGAGGAGACCUCCGAGGACAUGCUGUGGCACCGAGCUGUUGGGGUGUGUUCACGUUCUCGCAGUGGAUGGGAAGAGACUGUUACUCUCAUAAAGUUGGUAUGAGGGGUGAUCUUAACUGUUGCAGCAUUCUCCAUCUAACCCCACUGUGUACAUUUCUCUGGUGCUUCCUGGAGCACCACAUCCGUCUCGCAGGACCAACACGAUGCUGACGAUCCUCCAUUAAAUCCCCAUUGAGCGAUGCAGUCGAUCCUUCAUCCUGUGAAUCCUGGAUUUAGUAUCUAAAGCAAUAACUGGGUUGCCAUUCUCAUAAGCGUUACUAUUUAUUCCAGUUGCCUUAGAAAGGGAAGAGAGAUCACACAUUGAUCCUUUUGUUAAAUGUGCUGUUUUCUGUUGCGCUAAUGUGUAUAGUAUUUACAAAUGCUGGACAUUUUUCUCUCGUCAUGCCAAAGCUGAGACUGUUACGAUGCUGCUGUCAGUACCUUCUGCGUCUCAAAUGUUUCACGAUUCUUACAGAAUAACCUGACAGGCUUUGAGCUAUGAUUAACUAUUAUUCACUGCCACAGUUGUUGCAGGUACAACCACCUCCGCACCGCUGUGCACAGACCAUAACUCCUGCAUUGAGUCAUGUUUUUUAAUAAGCAUGUGUCCUCGUUCAGAUGCUGUCUCCAGUGGCCACGUAAAUGUUUCCUCUUAUCAGUGGGACCUGUUUGAAAUUAGGUCAGAGUAUAAUUCCUCAGUGCCUUGAACUUGAAGGGACUAUAUAUACGUUCUGUUGAUUCCCCUAAUGCUGCCUUUAGCUCCUGGAUUGUUACAGGAUAUCACUUUCAAUAGAGGCUGCUGCCUUCCCAGUCCCCCACCCCAGAAUCUGUCUUUUCAUCAUUCCGUGUUUAUGCCAAAUGGAGACGAGACUUUUUUUGUUUUGUUUUGUUUUUUUGCUACAGUGUUCUUAUGAAAGUGUACUCUUAUACCACAUGUGAUGACAUAUGUUACUUUUGUUUGUCCUUUUACCCUGAAUGACAAAUGUAAGGUUUAGACUUCAUUGAUAUGGAUUAUAUUUUUAUUUUAUUGACUGAACUGGCUGAUUGUAAUCCCAAGUGCAUUAAAGAGUGUAGGUAUUUACACAAUUAAAGCUGGAUCACUAAUGCA